AUGAAAUCGUUGUUCCUCUUCUUGUUCCUAAUCUCGCGGCCGUUGGGAAGUAGGUUUUGAACGCAAAAUUUGAUGACAUUUCAAUUUAAAGACCUUCGAAAAUAAUUUUGAUGACAUUUCGGAGGUUUUUAAAAUUUUGAUGAUAUUCACUUAGGUGAUGGCCAAUCCCAUAGUUGUACAUUUGUCGACGAAAACAAAGGGUAUGCGAUCUCAUGGAGUGUGGGGAUUGGAUUUGUGGACUUUGUGAUGAGCCAGAAAGACUUUCCGGCGAGAUCAGCGCAUUGGACAGGAGUUGGGUUCGGAAAUAGAGUAAGUAGAGGGCGUUAGAAGGGGUAAUAAGGACAUAGCUCUAAUCUUUGGGCUUUGUAAGACAUUUUUGAUUACUCAUGGAACUUUGGAGAUUACAAAAUGUCCAAUAACACCUUUAAAAUUCACAAUUUUUCUAAAAAAUCAACAAAAAUCAUCAAAAUUGGACUAAAAAAGCCUUCACAUCGAAUAAAAUUGCUAAAUACCGUUUCUAACUACUUUUAUAUACCUAAAAAUUAUUUCUCAUACUUGUUUAGACGAUCCAACUAGCUCUAAUUGAAAGUCAAUAUGGCCGAGUGUCAGUCUCAAGUGCCGGUCUUUAUGGUGCUCAGCCGCCUCUCAAGAUCCCCACAGCCAACAUGGUCACGCGUGGCACUGGCUCUAUAGUCAACAACGAGCUCAGAGUCACAUUUUCGAUCCCCGUCUACUAUUUCCGAGGGUGCACCACUUGGUGGGCAAGUUUAGUAUCGGAAAAGCUCAUGUAUUAAUAUAAAAACUUCAGUUUUUCACAUCGCCAACCCAAGUUGGAAUGCCUUACAGCGACACGCCGGAAAAACGGUUGGUUUGUAAUGUAAAUGAAGUGUGCCAGACGUCAAGUGAGUAAUUAUUUUUUUAUUAAUAGAUCUUAUUCUAGCCACGGCGACCCGCGGAAAGCGCCAGUCUACUUUUGACCUUAACAGUCUCCUCAACACCCCGAUAAAUGCGAACAUCGACUUUACUGGAGGCGUAAAUCAGAAUACCGACGGGCAAUUUAAUGUGAAUUACAAUCCCUACAACUCCCAAACGACUGGUUACAACGGCCAAAGUAACUAUCAAAAUGCGGCUUACAACCCACCAAACAACUAUCAAACUAGCGGUUACAACGGUCAAAACUUGUACAACUCUCCUUAUCAGGUCCCCUCAAAUUGUAUGGGAGCGAAUUGUAAUUCUCAAUCAGCUUUUACGUCAUCAACUUCCAGCCAAAAUUUCUUUGAUACGCGAAAUCCCGAUGCAAAUUCCUUCAAUGGAAGUAAUUUACGAGUGGACAAUCCCAAUUACAAGUUCCUCCCCGACGGCUAUAACCGACAAUUCGAGCAGAAUUCCGGCAGACAACAGUUUUAUGAUCAAAAUAGCAAUGGCUUUGGCGUUGCAACUACGACUCAACAGCCAGUGCUAUCCAAUGAUGAGCAAAACAAACUGAAUUAUCAGGGAAUACAAAGCUCAAGUAGAACUACCAAUGGGCAAAGAUUUACAAACAACAUUUAUGGCUAUGAUUAUCGAAGCAAUCCGGGAACUCGAUACACAAUCAAUGGUAAUAUCGAUAUAAAAUCAUCUUCCCUUGCUUCAGGCGAUGAAAGUAUGUAUCAGCCGCCUGAGGUGAACUCACUUAAUGGACGAAGAAGACGGCAGGUUGGUCUUGAUGACAAUAAAAAAAUUGGGGACAAAGAUACAAGUGAUGUUAUCAAUGAUGACCAAAUACCCAUCGGCCGGAGAAAAAAGUCGAUUUUUAAUGAACAAUCCAAUGCUAAGCAAAAUAAUGUCAUACUAGAAGCCUCAAGCAACAGCUACAGUGUAGAAUCAAGAAGAAAACGACAGAGCGCGUACGCCGGAACGGCCUACAACAAUCAAGACUUGAAGUUUCCCCGAGAAGAGAACACAAUUCCCAUGUCUCCCCAAUUUGACGCUCUCAGUGCCGGAGGCUUUAAUGGAGAUAACAGUGGCUUUCAGACAGCAAACACUAAUUCCAAUUCGAACGGCGCGAUGUACUAUCCAUAUCGAACAACGACAAAUUCAAAUUUUGGACAGAAUACCAACAAUAAUUUGAACGGAUUACAGUUUGAUCAGAGUAGCAGCAAUUUUAAUAGAGGAACGACUUCGAAUAGUAAUUUUGGGACUAGUAAUAGUAAUCUGAAUGGCCGGCAAUUCGAUCAAAGUGCAUACAACAGUAAUUUGAAUUCAAAUUUUGGACGAAACAGCAAUAAUGUUAAGGAAUUCUACGACACGAAUAAUGGAGUUACGUCGGUGACAUUUCGGGAUAGUACUAAUGGGAACAAUGUCAGGUUAUACGACCCAAAAAAUGAUCCCACAGUGACCUUUACGGAUAAUACUGGGUUCGAGACGAAACCAAUCGAAGUUAUUCGGCAAUACGAUGGUAAGAAAGUAGUCCCAACAUAAGAUAGGUCUUCGUUUUAGAUCCCAAUUGCUCUGGAGCUGAUCCAUAUUGGUGCCGAGAUUAUGUGAAGAAAUAUAUGCAAGGAGCCGGAGGGAAUAAUAAUCUUGGAACGGUCGGUUAAUAAAAAAACUUUCCUUGCAAAUUUUUAAGUAAAGUUAUUGCCGAGAUUUUCUCCCAAAACUCCCCAAAAUCCUCAAACAAGCUAGCCCUCUAUUAGCCGAAAGCCCCCUCCGAAACGAUGUUUGUAUAUUAAACAAUCCAAUUUCCAGACCCAAUGUGCCGCGCUGAGACAAUCCCUCCUUCACAGCGACCACCACUGUUGCCAAACCGUCCGACAAGCGGGCUGUUAA